UAUCUACUGACUUAAUCCUGCCAGCAACGGCACCAUCUCCACGCCCUCAGCUCCCCUAACACCCACUAUGCUAGACCUCGAACCCUCCUAAGAAAGGCAAACAAUCGCGGCGCACCGCAGCGUGUUUUGAGUGCUGACGCUGGGGCCAGCAAUGCGCCUGCGUCGGAGAGCUUAUUGUCUUCUAAACCAUGAUCGGGACCGGCGUCCUGAACAACGCCAAGUUAAUAACAACCCAAUCGAUCAGCCAUGUUCCUUCACCCGUCGUUAUCCUCCUCGUCCUCCAUGGACUUCAUUCUUCUUCUACCCCAGUUACCAGACCAACAGGUUGAGGAUCAUCCCCUCGACCAUCGUCGCUCUCUUCUCGGCCCGCACUAUCAUCGACAAGCUCUCCUGACGGAACGGCUGGAGAAUUUUGGUGGCUCGCUUUGUGUCCGAUACCACCAGCAAGGCAUGGAUGAUGAGAAGGGACUGUAAGACGGUGGUAGUGGGCCGUCAGUCAAGCAAGCCGGGAGCAA